UUUAGCAUGUCUAUCAAUUUUGUGUUUGGCAGCUGUUUAGUGGCGUAAAAUGUGUUUCGCAGAUUUUUGUUUAUCUAAUUAAUUUACAAUGUCUACUACGAUUGCAAAAUACGCGAUUCAAUAAAACGAAUUCACGCGUAAGACAUAGACUCUUUUGUAAAAUGCUAAUCAAAUACGUUCAAAACAAAGCUUCGGAGAGAAAGUGUCUCGAAUAGUAAAUAACGGGUCGAUAGAAAUAUGUCUGUCCCUGAUUUAUCCGUGGGAUGUCGAUUUGCAGAUUAUUUUUCAAUAUGUGGUCUCGACUUUGAUUCAGGCUUGGAGCCUGAUCGUCUGUGUGGUGACAAUUUACAUGUGUCUCCUUUGGAUCGCGCCUAUAAAGGAAAGAUUUUAGCCCACUACCCAGAUAAUAUCCAGAGCAAUCCUUUUGAUGAGCAUGCAGUUUGUAUGCUAUGUCUCCCUGCUGGGUUACAAUUUAGAACACAAAAACAUUCUUUAGAUCCAAAAUUUCAUAGUUUUGUUGUAACCAGAGAAAAUGCCUCCAGAUACUAUGGAUUUAGUCUCAUAUUUUAUGAAGAAGUUAGGAAUCGAAAUAUUUGCAGUGCAAUGCAUACCUUACAGGCUAUGUAUAUCACUGAACUGUCAAGCGGACAGACUCCUCCAGGUCACAGAAAGGGAACUGGCAAAGAAAGCUCCAGAUCCCUUCCCAGAUCAUUCAAACUAACUCCGCACAGUGGAGCUGCACUCACAUAUUAUGAUAUAGCCAAAGAUAAACUCUAUGUAGCCAAAAGUAUAGCUCUUAUAUGCCAGUACCCGUAUGUAAGAGUUGCACAAUUGUUCUUAGAGAAUUUAUUUAGGUCAUUGCCUCGUCAACCUGGGCCAGGCCUGAGUCCAGAGUCUUAUGUUUACAAUUUACUUUAUGAAGUGCCAGUGCCUCUAUCAGGGCAAGCAUUACGCCUCUAUGUACCGCCAUCUGAACCUCAUCUUGACCCCAUUCCUGUUGUGAUAAGAAUGCCAAACCCACCCGAAGAGUUACCACUGCUUGAUUAUCCUUUACGAGUGAUGUUUCAAACGCUCGGUGUUGAAUGUGUGGUGCAGCUCUUUACUUGUGUGUUGCUGGAACACCAAGUAUUGCUUAGAUCUUCUGACUACAACAAGCUGAUGCUGGUGGCGGAGUGCGCGGUGUCUCUGCUGCUCCCGUUCUCGUGGGCGCACGUGUACGUGCCGAUCUUGCCCGCGCCGCUGUACCACUUCUUGGACGCGCCGGUGCCUUUUGUCAUGGGUCUACACGCCGAGAGCUCAGCGGCAGGCAUGGGCCAGCAUGGCCCCCGGAGCGUAGCCUUGGGCUCAGAAGCAGCUCUAUGCUUGGUGGACAUAGACAAGCCAGACAUACAGCUCCCGGAAGAGCUGCCAAUAUUCCCGCACCGAACCCCCUUCGUGGAGGAACUCAACCACGUCCUAGAUAAACAUCAGAUCCAAAGACCAGAAACGGAGCCAACGAAACUCGGCGUGCCCUUAAAUGGAACAUCGUACAAGAGCAUGAAUGAUAGCAUGAGCAGCAGUUGCACUUUGCCAUCAGGUGGGCUGCGUAGAAAGCACUCAUUCCACGAUGUAUUGGAAUGGGAAGAGAGCCGGCCAUUGAACGCUUCGCCGCCCGCGUCGCCGACUAGACGCGCGCCGUUAAGAAUGGACGCGCUGCAACGCAUUGUUGACAUCGUCAAGCGGACUGGUGUAAACAUUGAUGACGUAGACGCGGAAACAGUGAUGCCCACAGUGAAAAAGAAAAUACUCAACGACGAAGAACAAUACAACGAAGAUAUCCGCUUCAAUGUUGCCAUCAGGGAAACAUUUUUAAACAGAUUUGUGCACAUGUUUCUCAUGUAUGAAAACUUUGUCAUCAUGCCCGAUCAGGACCGCGACUCCUGGCUAACGGCGCGCGAGUCUAUGGUAAACUUCGACAAGGCCUCGUUCCUGUCAGACCAGCCCCAAAGGCAUCGGCCGUUCCUGUCUCGCUUCCUCGAGACACAGAUGUUCGCCACUCUCAUAGACAACAAGAUCAUGGCCAACUGGGGAGAGUAUGACGCCAACUUGCAGGUCUUCGAGCAUCGCAUAAAGGUGGUCAGACGUCGGCUAGGCGAGGGUGGGCUGGCGACGCGCGGUUACAGCGUGUGGGCGGGGACAGCCAGCGGCUUGGGGGGGCUGGGGGCUGAAUUAGAGGUGGGGGCUCCCGUGGAGCGUCUGCCCCACCGGGCGGCGUACUACCGCGCCUUCCCCGCGCGGCUUGACCCAGCUGCCCUGGCCCCGCCGCCAACAGCCGACCGCAGGACGAAUAGCUUGAAGAGGAUAAAGAACGCGAAAUGGCAGGUAAAAGACUGUCCACCGGAAUUGUUGCUCGGUGACAUCAGCAGAAAGUUGUCUACCGACGUCACUCCUGCAGCUAUCGCCCAGAAUAACAGGACCUUUGUAGAAAAGCUUCUCAAAGAAUGCAAAAGUAAAACUAAACGCAUGCUCGUUGAGAAAAUGGGUACGGAGGAAAGUGAUCUAGGGUUGGGAAGCGAGGUUUCUAUAACAGGGGUUGAAGAGAGCACUAUGAUAGCGUCUCUCUGCGACUUGUUAGAGCGACUGUGGUCCCAUGGGCUGCAGCAUAAGAUGGGUAAAUCAGCGCUGUGGAUGCACCUCACAAAUUAUCAAGAGUUAGAGCAGUGCAGUAACUCCACUAAACCGAUAGACCCGAACUAUCUUACUCCAGCUUUGGCCUGGUGUGUGUUGCGUAAGCGUCUGGAUUAUCUAUCGUCCGUGGGUGCAGAGGUAGAAGCUCAACAAAGCACUAGUAGCGGGAGUAGGUCCCGGGACAGUUCCCGGGGUGGGUCCCGGGAUAGUUCCCGAGACCGGCUCAGCAACUCCGGGACUUUGGAGCGGAAGUCUUCGCAGCCACCCAACCCAAUGAGGCCGCUGCCUGAAAGUCUGACAUUUGACAUGAGAAACGUCCAAGCGAUGACCGACAUAAAGACUGAGAUCGGUUACGCUCGGGCGUGGGUGCGCCUGUCUCUAGAGAAGAAGCUUCUAUCGAAGCACCUUCGUGAGCUCUUAGCUGACACCACUUUACUGCGGUCCCAAUACAAACGGACCGCCUUCUUGCGGUGCGAGGAAGAAAGAGAGCAGUUCCUCUACCAUUUGCUGACGCUGAACGCUGUCGAUUACCACUGCUUCACCAAUACUUAUCCCACCACAAAACUCCCAUACCGAGUUCUCAUCGUACCAUCACGAAAAGCUAGUCAGACUACGGCGAACUGCUGGAUAUCGAUAUCAGGAACAAACAGAGAGUCGACCCCGAAGAUACCCAUUCCACGCAACACUAACGAAUUUGUCUUCCACCACAAAAACUUGGGUAUUCUGUCAACACUGCGCAUCGGCCAUGAUAAUUCGGGGCUGUCUCCAAGAUGGUUGCUCGAUCAAGUCUUCGUAAGGAAUGAAGUUACGGGACAUACCUACACGUUCCCAUGCAACCGCUGGCUAGGUACAGGAGUGGACGACGGGUCGACUGAGCGUCUUUUACUAGCGGCACGAGUGCGGGGUUCCCGCGCCCGCACCCCGCACCCGCCGCCCGCGCCCGCCUCGCACCCCGCCACGCCCACCACCCAUCUGUCUACGGCCACUAUACAGCACAUGAUUGGUGACUGUGUAAACGCUAUAGUGAAGUGGCACUAUCAGUCGAAGAGAGAGAAAGACGCAAACUCUCUCAGCGUCCUUCUCUGCGGCGAAAACGGAUUAGUGAAGUGUUUGGAGCAAGCAUUCCUUUGCGGAUUUAAAUCUGCGAGAUUGUUCGGGAAGAACCUCUUCAUUUGGGACUACUUUGCGAGGGUGAAAGACGAGUUCAAAAUGAGUUUGUGCGACGAACAAAGCUCGCAAAGUAACAAGAGUUGCGGAGUAGCCUACAACUGCAGGCAAGACCAGGAGCACCGGUCCAUUUGGAGAUGCUACUGCCACCUGAUGGAUGAAAUAAACACUGUCGGUCGUACCCUCGGCAAGGACGGGAAGUUUCAGCUUUUCAUCUGUCUCAGUCUUCGUGAACACUGGCUGCACAGAAUGCUGGUUCCAAUGUCGAUGACGCGGGUAACCACCGAGAUGUAUGAAGAACAGAGUUUCCUUCGCAAACGCGGACUUCUCACAUUCCUCAGGCAGAUCCUCGAGCCCUUGGACGAAUUCGAUAUCGUGCUAGAAAACUCACUCACUCAAGGCAUUUAAACAUUCAGUAAAUGUGGUUAGAUAUGCCAAAUGUAGGUAAGUUUUAACACCCAUGUCUUUAACAUCAAUAAUACAGACGCGGGUAUUUUUGAAGCAGUUCUUACACUAUUUAUAAACGUCGAGUAACAAGUUCUCAUGUAUAAUAUGUUCAAAACUAAAUGCUUUUCUUUAUAAGACAAUGCAAUAAUUGAUCAUAUCAUUUUAUUAAACUUAUUUAUUUUAUUUCUAAAGUUACAUAACAACUUUAAAAACAUUGUCAUGACAGACAAAUGAUCCUGGAAAGGCAACAAUAUCUGAUUAUUUUGUGUUACUCGACAUAAUAUGAAAUUACUUAUUUAAUAUACUUACUUAGUGAAAUUUAUAUUUGCCAUUUUGAAUCUCGACUGACUGCAAAUUAUAAUACUGUCAACUUUUGAUUUGGAGUCCAUUCUGAGAUAAAUGCGUGGUUCAAACUGCGUCAUUUGUCUAUGGCAUAGACUCUAUGCAUUUCAUUAAUUAAAAUUGGUCUCGUUAGAACGAACCUAUAAUACUCGUAUGUGUACAGAAAUCAUGGAAUAACUGAUUCCUUGCCCUUUUAAAUAUAAUAGCUGUAGACAAAGAAAUUUUAUUUAGAAUAUGACAUAGCAUAAAUCAAUGGUUAAACCAAUUUAGGUCUUAUUCUUAGAUUUACGCGAACCUGAUUGAAAUGAAUCAUAAUUUACGAAAUGUCAAAAGAUAACACAUUUAUUUACCACAAGAUCCCUUUAUAACGAAUAAUACAGUAAACUAAAAACUAAGGCAGAAUAAGACAAGACAAAUAGUGUAAACGUAGUUUGUUUCAUUUCAAUCACUUGGUCAUGUUACAUGAAGUUUUGUCUGUAGUUUCCAUCCUGCAUAAUAAAAAAAAGUUCUUAGUUUUAAGAUAAAAAUGUGUAAUACUCAAAGAUACACUCAUUUGAUAGAUAUUAUUAGUUUUGGAAAAGGAAUAACAUUAAUGGAAGUGAAUAAUUGGCAAUGGAAAUUUCAAAUCUUUUUGGAGGUGUGGGGAUGAGGUACGAGGUCUGUACGGGGGACGGAGUAGAGCACAGAUAAUAAUGCAUACAAAACUGGUCAUUUGUUGAAAUUUUCAUUGGCGAAUUAUACAGAAUGAUAUACACACACAAAAGUGUUAAUUUUAUUGCUUCAGUAGAGCGAUAUCGAAAUGUUACUUGUGUCGAAUGUGCAUUUAUAUUCUUACCGUUACCAUUCGUAAUGAGAUGCAUAUAUUUUUACGUUUAUCGGUUGAAGGAAAUGUUGCUGCAUUUUAAAAAUAGAAUCAACGCUUUAUUUGUGCACGAUAUGCAAAAACAUCUGUAUUGCGUAAAUGCUAUCAUAGUACGAGAGCCCACGACCAAAAUUUUUGUCUCAUAGCAAUACGGCCAAAACCGCAUCAAAUCGAUAGAUACGAUUAUCCUGAACUCGAAAAUACCAAUAUCAGACAUUUUCCGCGUAGCGUUUGAUCUGACCGAAUUUUCAAAAUUGUCAAAGAAUUUUACCGAACUGCAUCAUAGCAAUAUGUCUGAUUUGCAGACUGUAGUUGAAUGAUAGUUCUGAGAUACCGGAAACAUUAUUUUCAGACGUUAGUGGUGUAGCGCAAACCCGUAAAAUCACUUAAAAAAAUUAAAAAUGAGACAAAAAAAAUGUCUCAUAGCAAUACGUCUGAAAAUCUUUUUUAUUAGUAAAUUUUGGUUAUUUGAUGCGAACAAAACAAUUUUCAGACGGAAAUGUGAACGCAUUAAAUUUUGAGACCGUUUUGAAAAUGUUAACAAAUUUUACCGAUCGGUAUCAUAGCAAUAUGUCUGAAAAUUGUUGGACAUGAUAAAAUAAGUUGUCCACAUGUGCAAAAAAUUUAUAUCAGACAAAUUAAGUGUAGCACCUUCUCUAUCAUACAACUUUUUGAUACACUUAAAGUGUCUGAAAACAGGUUUUUGGUAAUCAUGGCAGCAAUACGAAAAGUUAAAAAAAAUAAUUAUCCGUAUUGCUAUGAUACAGUCCGGCUAAAUUUGUUGACAUUUUCAAAAAUGCGCACAGGCUAUAUGCUACGCGCAAAAUGUCUGAAAACAAACUUUUUCGUAAUACAAUUAUAGAAUCUAUGUACAUUUUCACUAUCAGACGUAUUGCUAUAAUACCGACUGUCUUUUUUUUUUGACACAGCAGAAAUGGCCUACUACUCAGUUGCUACACUUUCGACCGUUACUACACACCUAGUCGGGUUCAGAAUCAUACAAUCUAACGAUUUUAUAGGGUUUUUGCCGUAUUGCUAUGACACAUGGUUUUGGUCGUGGGCUCUCGUACUAUCAGCGUAGGUAUCAAUGAGGUGUCGUUUUAGUUAUUUUUGUUGAAUUAAUUGUGAUUACGUCAUUUGUUUCAGAGCAUGAUAAUUAAGCAUGAUAUACUAGCGUGUGCUUGUGAAUGUAUGUUUCCAUUCGUACUUUAGGCUAUUUGUGCUAGUACUACCAAACUUAUGAAAUUGAUAUUAUUUGUCAGGGUCUGAUUUUUGUGUACCUAGCUUUUUUUAUUUUUAAGUUUUAAAUGUGAUUGUUGUUUUUAUUUUCUUGCCAGUUAAACCCAAAGAUUAUUUAUGGUGGUGCUUGUGGCAUAAUGUUAACUUAAUUUUUAUGAUGAAUGCAUGGUGGUGCAUGUUAUUUUAUAUAAUAUUAUGAACAUUUUCACUGUAUACUUAAUCUUUAUUGUAAUAUAAAUGUGCAGCAUUUAUAACACUGUCAAUUCGAGCCCCACAACAUGACAUGUAAAAAAGUCUUCGAAUAGUUUUAAUCAAUAUGAUCGAACAUCGAUUAAUUACUUGAAAGUGAUAUUUAUAUUUUCCAGUAGAAACGCACUCCAGUGAUUGUUUAUUAGGUUUCGAUGUUAAUCAUCUACUUAAUGCACAUUUUCACAAUAGUUAUGUAAGCAUACAAUAUCUUUCGUGAAACUUACAAUGUUUAGCAUUUAGUUAAAUAUUUUAGCAAAAUCAAUUGAUUUUAAAUAUUCAAUGUCCAGUAUAGAGUUCACAUUAAAGUUACUCUAAAAUAAACAAACUUAUAAAAAAAAGCUUUUUCUGUAGCACGUCUGUCUGUAUCUCAAUUAUCAUUGAUUUUGCACUUUGAUUGUAAUAAUUGUCUUAAAAUUGUUAGUAUCUUUCUUACAUUGAUGGUUGUUUAGAAUUUUAGCCGUCCUAUUUCAUUGUUGUAUUUAUGCCAAAUGGAAAUAAAUCGCUAGCUACAACUUCAAGUUCUGUAUGUGACACAAUUUAAAAGAUUGCCGUUUGAUGGCUGCUGCACUAUCGAUAGAUCUGUCUCAAGCGCAGGCUACACUACGAACUAUAAAACUGAAUAUAGUCGGGGGAACGGGGAAGAUGGGAUUACGACCGGGCUACACCGAACGGUGCAUAGACUGGUUGCAAUUGUCCUUACGUAAGUUUAUUAUAGAGUGGGCCCAAAAUGUUUGCAAAUACUAACGUCCAACACUCGUUUUCUUGAAAACAGUUUGAGGAAGGGCCGCGUGGGUGGCGAGAAACAAUAAAAUGUACCGGCCAACAGUGCCGUAACUAGCCUUUUAUGCGCCCGGUGCGAGAAAUAUAAAAAAAUGUAACCUUUUUCAAUUAAAAGUAACCUUCUACGGGGGGGGGGGGGGGGCUCCGCACCCCCCGUGCGGAGCGAUUGUGUAAGGUUGUUCAUGGAUGGAAAAUGAAUACAAUUGAUCAUCAAUCAUUUGCCUAAAUUCGAAAUUUUGAACAUUCCAUGAAGACCGAAAAGUGACCGGUCGUAUAAAAACGUUUCAUGGAUUUGCGUUUCACUAUCGAAAAACAUUGGCUAAAACUCAUUUUUUAUAACAAAUAAUAAAUCAAAUUCAUGUUUAAAUGCAGUUUAUGACAUAAUUUUUAAAUUGUCACUAUUAAUAUUUUUUACUGAAUAACCUGUAAAAGUUAAUUCUACAAUUUCUGAAAAAUCACCAAAAAGUAACCUUUUUAUUAGUGUAACCUAAAAGUAACCAAUGCAGUUCAAAAGUAACCUAAAAGGUUACAAAAGUAACCUUCUGGCAACACUGCGGCUAUCUGAAUGCGUGAUUCUCGAUGUAUCGGGGAAUCCCCGAACAUUGGGUGGGACGGCGGCAGAAUGGAACGUUUGUGAAUCGUUUAGUUUUGUAAGUCAUCCUUUUCACUCUUGUCGAACGAUGAAUUUUCUAUCUAUCUCUCGCACGCUAGUGCGUCAGUAACGCCGCACGUAGUUAAUGAAUAAAAUCAAAGAUAAAGGGAGGACCAAUGAAUGUGGCUGACAGCAAUGACAGCGUAACGUGAACUAUAUGUACAUCUCCUCAGCUAGAUUGACAGAUUUGCUUAGAACUUCUAAGUUAGAAGUGGCGCCCUCCAAAUGAAUAUAGACAGAAAUUGUCUCAUAGUUACGGUAUAGGUACUUUUGUUUAUGUAUGUAAUAUUGCGAGCAAGACAAGGUACUGGAUUUAUAUUUGUCUGAUGUGUCGUGACGUGACGCGUCAGAACUGUAUCGGUUCCAUACAUAAGCCAUCACAACACAACACGUUACGCACUAGUGUGAACGUUACCAUCCUACUAAUAUUAUAAACGCGAAAGUUUGUAUGGAUGAUGGAUGGAUGUUUGUUACUCUUUCACGCAAAAACUACUGAAUGGAUUUUAAUGAAACUUUACAAUAAUAUAGCUUAUACAUCAGAAUAACACAUAGGCUACAAUUUAUAAACAUAUUGUUCGAAACACUAAUCCUGCGCAGACGAAGUCGCGGGCACCAGCUAGUACUAAAUGUAUGAAACCGAUACCGUUCUGACGCGUCACGUCACGACACAUCAGACAAAUAUAAAACCACCUUUACAAGUGUUGUUGUUUCAAGAUCGCUUAAAAAAUGCCAUAUAGAUAUAGAGGGCGCGUCUACACCAUAUUCGCAAUAAAACAAAAUGUACCUACUAACUACCAUGCAUGAAACAAAACUAGAUACUGGUCUGGUCAUUUCUGCGCCCCUCCAGGGUCUGCGCCCUGUGCCUGGGCACCGCUGGCACCGCCCUAGUUACGGCACUGCCGGCCAAGUACGUACAGUACGAAUCCCUAAAACUACUUUGGGACUAGUGUGGCCUGCGCUUUUGUAUGCUUAUUUUUAUACCGAUCGUCCAAAGUGAAAAGUUCUUGUGCCAAAAACAUGCUGUCUCCUAUUAUAAGUAUGAAAUUAGCAUAGAAGGAAAACAACCGUGCGGUUCUAAUUUCCACCGUAUAAAAUCUCAUGUUAUCAUGGAAUCAUUUAUGAUUAUAAUGAAUUAUUUUCGGUUUAAUAAGAACGACGCAUAUUAUUUCUGAAACCCCAAGCUGUUGGUCUCCGCGUCCAUUAGCUGAAUUAAACAAAAGAUGCGUGCAAUACAAGAAACAUUUAUAAUAUCAAAUUAGUCGUAAUAGAAACACUGUUCGUAAAGACAGCUGACGAAAAAUGUGUUUUAUUAACACGGUCCAGAUCUUAAUUUGUCACACUGGAUGCGUUCUGGGGUCCGGUCGUCUUGCCGAUUGCCCUGAUCAACAAAGUUGUUCAUAUACAUAAUGUGGGCUGUGUUUACUUUGGCUUAUUGACCUGACCGCAUACGCCGAACGCAUUCAGUAGGGUAAAACCUUCAAGUUGCGUACUUGUAUGCUCUUUUCACGACGCAUAAGUUACUUGUAAAGGCUGACGGUAGUAAAUGUAAUAUGCUUCAUUCAUUUGUAAUGCAUAAGGUUACAGUUCAGACAAUAGGCAAAAAAAAGGAUUAGAUAUGAAAACGUACCGUGUUAAAUAUCGGUAUUGUAACUUCCUUUAUUCUUUCAGAGAUAAUAAAUCAUUUUAAUUUUAAAUUCAGUUGGAAAUAAUAAUUAAAAGAAUUACUUACCUACUAUUUACUCAAUUCUUAAUCAUAUCAUGAACUACUUAUUUUGUUGUUAGUAUCUAUUCUACAACAUCUCGCUAAAAAGUAAUUAAAUUUAAUUUAUAAAAAUAAACUAAUUUCAUUAAACUACUUACUUAUUUGUUUAAAAUGUUAUGUAGAAAAAUAGGUAGGUAUUUUUUUCGAAAGUCUUCCUGUAAAAUUACAAAUUAUUCCAACGCAUAAAUACCUAAUACCAAAGAUGAAUCAUGUGUUAUUUUGUACAUAAAUCAUUAUUUCUAUACAUGCAUUGUAUAACUGAUAAAAAUGUGUCCAAUAAAAAUUUUACCCAUUAUAAAAUCUUUUAAUUCGAAAAUAACCGACUAAUAAUAGCUACUGACAUGAUAAUCUAGUUUUGUAUUGCCGAGAGAGAUUAACCUACUACUAAUAAAU